CCUCUAGCACCACCCGAAUGUGGAUCCUUUCGUAUUCGCUCUGCUUCUUUCGGUAACCAUGGCUACAUGCUCUGUGGAACCCGAUAGGCCAAUGACUCUGGUCUCCCAGGGCAACGUCAGCACGCGGAAGCGAAUGAGGUGCCGCUCCGGCUGAGUAGCUUCUCAAUAUCCUGGCCACACUCUUAAGGGUCAGCCGGUGUGAAAGCCCCAGCAUCCCAUGGAGAAGAACGUGAUCCGAUUCAGCCACUGUGGCCGGAACAUCUACUGUUUCUCCAUCCCAGAGCGAUGCCCCCAGUGUGGUGAUGGCCUUGGUGGCCGCCGUCUGGAGGAGGCUCCAGUCAGCAUCCCCAGCCCCUUCUCCAAUGGACACAAGGCACCCUGCUCCUUCCUCAUCGCCCCGACAGAGGGUCACUUUGUCAGGGAGUUCGACGGAGGAUCUGACCUGCAUACUGGGAUCACAGACACUAAUGGCGUGGUCUACAACUACACCGAGACAGGGGUCCGCAGAGACGAAUAUGGGUGGGAGCGGUGCAUCAGCAUCCCCCUGGUGCAACCAGACAUGUACAACCUCAUCAACCAGUGGGACCAGUACCUCGACAAGUUCUCCUCUGCCCACAUGUGGGACGUACAGUGGCAAAGAUUUGAUGAGGAAAAGCACAACUGUUACAACUUCACCCUGACGUUCAUAAACUGCGUGCUGGCAACCCAGCGCAAGCGCACUCUGAGUAAAGACGAGUUCACGAACGCCUUUGUCCUCCCCCGGAUAAAAAGGGCCUCGAAGUACGCCGUCCUGUGCAGAGAGAUCGCCGAGAACCACUUCUACGUCGUGACGGACCACAAGAACUAACACGGAGACAGCAGUGAGAACUAACAUCGACC